AGGGGUUUAACUGGGUUGCGUGAAGAUGGAAAAAGUUCGGUCAUCGGUCACUAAUUUUUUUGGAAGAGUUCCUCUUUCUUACACCCGCUUUAGUCUGACCCAGCAGACAGAUGGGGAUGCCAGCCAAGUGGAGAUGAAGCUAGCUGAUGAUGAGGAGUGCGGAGAUCAAGCUGUGGUUGAACAUGUUGUGAAGCCCAGAAAUGGAAAUAACCAUUCUAAAAGCCUCUGUUUUAAAAUCCUCUUUGCGUCUCUUAUAUUCUUGAUAGGGUUUCUUAUAGGCUACUUAAGUUACCGAGGUCGUUCCGAAUAUGCGCUACCGAAACCAAACAAUGAUCAUAAUGGUGAUUCUGAUGACUUAAGUGACCCAGAAGUGUUCAUUGCACCGGAGACAUCGAAUAUCUUGUACUGGGGUGACUUGAGAUCCAUGUUGGAGACAGAGACAGCGAAGAGUACAAGUGUCUUCACAGAUACCAUAAAGAAAUGGUCAGAAAAAUCCAGUGAAGCAGAGCCUGCAAAAGAGGAAAGUGUGGCUAAUUGGAUUCAUGACGAGUUUAGCAAUAUAGGUUUGGAUAAAGUGUGGAAUGAUGAACAUUACGUCAGGCUGCAAGAUGCUGGGAGUUCUCUAAAUAAAGUAACCGUUUUGAAAAAUGGACAGGAAGUGAUAAAAGUGAUAAGUCCAACCACAUAUGUUGCAUACAGCCCGUCAACAUCUAAAAGUGGAGGUUUAGUGUAUUGCCAUUAUGGACGCAAGCAAGACUUCAUAACCUUAUCAGAGAAGAAUGUUAAUGUAACUGGAAACCUGGUUCUUGUUCGAUCUGGAUUAAUAAGCUUGUCAGAGAAGGUUAAAAAUGCAGAAUUCUUCAAAGCUAUUGGGGUAUUGAUUUAUCCUGAGCCAUCUGACUUUGCAUUUCCUGGCGAUGCGUCCCAAAUUAUAAAUGCACCAUUUGGUCAUGCUCAUUUUGGAACUGGUGAUCCAUACACCCCUGGCUUUCCUUCAUUUAACCACACGCAGUUCCCACCUUCUGAGUCCUCGGGACUUCCCAAAAUUCCAGUACAAACUAUUUCUAGUGAUGAUGGCAAGAAUCUGCUGGAAUUUCUUGAUGGAGUGAAUUGCCCUUCUCAGUGGGGAGUCCAGUGUAUGUUGGGACCCAAACUGAAAGAAGCUAAUUCUGUAACACUUGAGAUAAACAAUGUUCUUGCUGAGAAGAAGAUUUACAACAUCUUUGGUUUCCUCCGCGGUUUUGAUGAGCCAGAUCGGUAUGUAAUAGUGGGUGCUCAGAGAGAUGCAAAGGGUCCAGGUGUUGCCAAAGCAGCUGUGGGAACUUCUGUUCUUUUAGAAAUGGCCCAAAUUCUGAGAAACUUGGUUAAAAAUGAAGGUUAUAAGCCAAGACGAAGCAUUGUGUUUGCAAGUUGGGGUGCUGGUGAAUUUGGAUCAGUAGGUGCUACAGAGUGGCUGGAGGGUUAUCUAACCACACUACAUACAAAGGCGAUCGCAUAUAUUAAUCUGGAUUCCACUGUGCAAGGCUCUGGGACAUUUCGUGCAUCUGCAAGUCCUUUAAUGUAUUCCAUACUAAAGAAUACCAUGAAUGAGGUCAAUGUUCCUGCCUCCUCUUAUACCCUGUCGUCUUUGUUCAAUAAAGAUGAUUCUAAAUUUGAAGACAUUAUUGUACCAUUUUCCAUGGAGGAUGCUGCCUAUCCAUUUAUUGCUUAUUCUGGAAUUCCCUCUGUAUCUUUCAGUUUUAAAAAGGAUAGUAAAUCUUAUGCCUAUAUUGGCACUGAAAUGGAUACUUUUCAGAGUCUUCAGAGUUUGGUUGACAUUGAUACCAUGUGCAGCACUGUAACACAGAUUGCUGGUCAGAUAAUUUUGCGCCUGACUCAUGACCACAAACUUCCACUGGACUAUGAUGAAUACAAUGGAGUGCUGCUUCGAUCUGCUAUGGCAUUGAGCAAGAAAUAUGCCACCUUAAAGGAAAAAGGCCUCAGCGUAAAAUGGAUUUACUCUUCAAGAGGUGACUUCAAAAGAGCCUCUGACACCCUAACAAGGGAAUUCACAGAUUCUGACACUGAUGAUAAGCCAAUGCUUAGGUCUCUGAAUGAUCGUAUUAUGAAGGUUGAACACAACUUUCUUUCUCCUUACGUCUCCCCAAAAGAUACACCUUUCCGUCACAUAAUUUAUGGAUAUGGCAACCACACCUUUACAGCAUUGAUGGAGCACCUCAACCUAGCGGACACCAAUAACCAACUGUUUGAUGAAGAUCUGUUUAGAAAUCAGCUUGCUUUGUUCACCUGGACAAUACAAGAGGCAGCUAAUGCACUGUCUGGAGAGAUUUGGGAUAUUGACAAUGAGUUUUAAGGUUCUCUAUGGUAUUUUGUAGUAACAAAAGCCUUUAUCCUCUUUGCGUCCCCAAUCUGUAGAUUUCAACUGUCCCAGACAUCCAUUAUUACUGAAAAUGAAUGCAUCUCCUGGUGGUGCAUUCAGAGUCCUACGACUGUAACAGUAGUUUUAGCACUUAUUUAAAGUUCCAUGUUUUGGUAAAACCAAAUCUGAGAACUUUUAACAUUUACAGCUGUUCUAAAUGGGUCAUUAAUAAAAUCCCAUGUCCAUAGUAAGCCCUUGAUUAACAAGUUGCCACGGUAUAAAAUUGGCCAACCUCUGUUUUAAAAGUUACAAUAAUGCCUCUUGGUGACAUUAAUUUAUUUCCUCAUUGCACUAGGUUUCCCUUCUGUCCCAUUGGCUAAGUCACUUGAUACAUGUAGACCUGAAAGAAGCCACCAUUUUACAUGUUCCUCUGAGCACUCCCUUUCCUUCAUUUAAGGAUCCGUUUUUACAGGCGCUCUUAAUGUAAAUAUUCCACAGUAGUGCAAUGCUUAAAAACUUUUGAAGAUUUCAAGGGUUAAGUUUUCAUUAAGACCCUAAGUACACCAAAUCAUUAUGCGUGAGAUUGGUGUUGUCAUAUAUUUUGUUUUCUUUACACUCCUUGAACUUCCACCAAGCCCUCUAUUUCCAUGUUGCAUGUACUGAAUAUUACAGAGGUUUUCCUUUUAUCUAAAGUUCAUGCAUAGUUUGUGGUGUGAUUUUGGUGGAAUUUGCAUUGGUGUACUUCACUUUACCAAUGCAACAUUGUCUCUCUAGUGCUGAUUAAUAGCCAUAUUUUCAGUUCUAAAAUGCCUACUCAGGAAUUGCCCUCUAGAUUCUCCUGCAUAUCUCCGUCCCCUCAAUUUGUUUUGAAAUCCUCUUUCUAAAUGGAAUAUGUGGUAAUUUGCAAUUUAAUGUGCUUGGGGAUUUAUUUGGUGUGUGUGACCCACGCAUUUUGUUCCCCCUUCUACAUGUUACAUUACAUGCACUAGUUAAAAUCUAAUCAAAUCCAGAGUUAAAUAUUGCUGUAUUUAUUUACUUUUUAAAUUUCUCACCCAGUGUGUCUCUUUAGUGCUGUAUUGGAGAACUUUUUAGAACGGGUUUCUACAAUUAAUCCAAAACUUGCAAGAGGUGUUACUAACACUGCAAUGACAUUCAUUGAUCUGACGGUAGUAAUAAACCAACUUGCAAGUAAUUUUUAAUCACCACACAACUACUAGUCGGAUUACAAAGUUCUUUUGACACAGAACUAAAGGGUGAAUAUACUAGUUGUACCAAAAUGUAUAAUGGUCUAAGAAAAGCUGACUGUUCUGAUAUUGAGACCCAUGUAAUGCAGUUUAUCAGCACAAAGUGAGGUUGUAUGGGUUAAUACAAUAUUUGUUUCAGACUUGGCACUGAAAUUGGUACUUUCUUUUUAUUUAUUUAUCAGUGACAGCGAUCACUAUAAAUAGUGUUCAUUUUGUUAUUUCUGGUAAUUAUCGGAAGCAGUGACUUCCAUAAUUGACAGUUAUACUGUCGCAUUAUUUUUACGUAUAAUAAAAACUAAAGCAGCAUCUGCUUAAUUGGUCGAACAUGAUACUGGAAUAUCUGUAAGAGCACAGCGUAGUCUGUCACUGGCAACACCUUUAAGGAUAUGUACUGCCUUUCAUGAUGAAUUUGUAUUCAUGAAUAGGUUUCAUAAUGAACCAGGAUAUGCCUAGUUUGAUACGGGUCUAGCUGCAUUAUAAGACUAUAUAUGGCUAUAUGAAAUGUGCUGUCUAAAAAGAACACUGUUAUAUCUAAGCAUCAAGAGAACUACUUGUGUAUAUUUUGUAUUCUAAAUCUAUUACAUGUUCUUGCAUGCUUGGGUUUUAGGGUGGUGUGCAUAUCCUCAGGAAGUGUUUGCAGUUUUAAUAGCUGGAUUGCAUAUUGUAGGGCUUAUUUGCAAUGAGUAACCUAUGGACCAUAGUCUAAUGAUGUUGUAAAACCAAAAUAUGGGCACAUGUAAACUGACAGGUCCAUCAUCCUAAAAGUCAUUUUUUUAUCUUUUAAAGAUGGCCACAUGACCUAAUAUGUUGGUAUUGCAAGACUGGCUUUGGUAAACCAGAGAAUGGUGGAGUUUUUCUAAGCCAUAAGUUCUCAAGUGACAUGAAGACAUGCUGCCUAGAUAGUGACACCCAGUGACCAUCUGUUGUGAAUUGAUGGUGCCAUUAGACUCUGUCGUUUUUGUAUUGAGUCAAUGCUUUAGAAAAAACUUGAAUUUUAAUGUGCACACGUUCCUGCA